AGGUUUUCUCAUGGGCGCGCGGACAACUCCAAUCAUCGAUAGCAUCUUGGAGCGGAGCAUAGCCGGGUUGCAGUGGGCCCUCCUAGUUUUCGUUGUAAUGCCUCUCAGCACGAUCUCUGAUGCGUUCACAUCAACACGGAACAAAAUCGUCUACUCCCUUGGCAUCGCGCCAAGGGCUCAUGCAAGAAAAGUGGCAACGAUUCAGAAGCAGAUGCGCGAAUGGUCAGCUUCACACCGUGGUACGAAGGUGCUUCCAGUGCAGUCUGGUUUUUUCGACUUUCGGCCACCUCCUGCAAAGGGAAUUACUCCCAUCGAUGUUGGGGUUCUGAGGGACAUACUUGAGGUAGACACAAAUGGAUUAAACAUCCGUGUGGAACCUAUGGUAACAAUGUCGCAGUUGUCCCAAGUUCUUCUUCCCCUGGGCUUCUCUGUUCCGCUUUUCCCUGGGCAACCAGGACUGACUGUUCAAGAUCUCAUCUGCGGUGGUGGGGUAGACACUUCUGGUCGGAAGUACGGCUUAUUUCAGCAUAUCUGCCAGUCAUAUGAAUUGGUGAUGCCUGAUGGAAGUAUCGUCGUAGCCACAAAGGAGAAGAAUGGUGACGCCGAAACACAGGCAUUAUUCUAUGGUGUGCCGUGGAGUAAAGGGUCUUUGGGAAUACUUGUUGCUGUUACUUUGAGGAUAAUACCAGUCAAGCCAUAUGUGAAAAUCACCUACAUGCGUACGGGUUCAAUAGAGGAAAUGCAAAACAAACUUACUGAAGAGUCGAACUGCCGGGAAAACGAAUUCGUUGAAGGCUUACAGCUUUCUGAAGAUGCAGGAGUUGUGAUGCGGGGAAGAUUCUCUGAUGGACCACCCAAAAAUUUCUCUGCUGACAUCGUGAGGAUUGGAAGGUGGUACAAGCCCUGGUUCUAUAGCCAUGUCGCAGAAGUUGUUUCAAGUCGUCAGGAGCAAACCGAGUUCGUUCCACUGGAAGAUUAUUACUACCGUCACAAUAAAAGCCUAUUUUGGGAGUUAAAGGAUCUACUUCCGCUUGGUAAUGGUUUAAUACAUCGGUGGUUUUUUGGUUGGUUGAGUGCUCCCCAACAUGAUGUCAUGAAGAACGUCACUCCUGAUUUUCUGGACUCCGGAAUGCGGGAAAAUUAUAUACAUGAAGAUAUCCUAAUUCCAUUGAGUUGCCUUUCAGAUGUUAUAGAAGUGUGCGAUAGUGAAACUGGAAUUUAUCCAAUCUGGUUGUGUCCGUACAAUCAACCAUCCUGCCCUGGAAUGAUUCGACAGCGAUCGGGCAGAAAUGUACUAUUCGUCAAUGUGGGUGUCUAUGGAGUGGCUAACAACUCCUCAGUACAUUGCAUCAGGCGGUUAGAACAAGCUGCGAGGGACGCGAAUGGCGUCAAAAUGCUCCAUGGAGGUACGAAAAUGAGCCGGUCCGAGUUCUGGCAGAUGUUCGACUCAUCACUAUACGAAUGGCUUCGUGUCAAGUACAACUGCAAAGAAGCGUUUUUAGACGUUUACGACAAUGUGUGCCAAGCUGUACAUUGCUGAUUUUAUUAUUAUGAUGACAGAACACGUAAUAAACUAUAUUCUUUUA